CGAAACGAUCAGGAGCAGCAGCAGCAGCAGCAGGAGCAGCAGCAGGAGGAGGAGGCCAUGGCUGGUAAUGACUGACGUGGAAGGUGUCAGGUGGAGUGAGUAACAAACUUCGGGGGGGGAAAAACAAAGUCUUGAGAGCCAAAACCCGUCGCUUCUUUCCGAGCUCCUGUGGGGUUUCUCUGGGCGCAGCAGGAUGAGUCUGGAUAAAGCGGAGCUGUGUGACUCACUGUUAACCUGGUUACAGACAUUUCAGGUUCCAUCAUGCAACAGCAAGUUCGACCUAACAAGUGGCGUGGCCAUUGGACACGUGCUGCACAGAAUAGACCCCUCUUGGUUUAAUGAGACAUGGCUAGGCAGGAUCAAGGAGGAGAGCGGGGCCAACUGGCGCCUCAAGGUCAGCAACUUGAAAAAGAUCCUUAAGAGCAUGCUGGAAUAUUAUCAUGACGUGCUUGGACAUCAGGUGUCAGAUGACCACUUGCCAGAUGUUAACCUUAUAGGAGAGAUGGGAGAUGUCACUGAGCUGGGCAAGCUGGUACAGCUUGUACUGGGCUGUGCUGUCAGUUGUGAGAAAAAACAAGAGCAAAUCCAGCAAAUAAUGACACUUGAGGAAUCUGUCCAGCACGUUGUGAUGACAGCUAUUCAGGAGCUCUUAUCAAAAGAACCUUCAUCUGAACCAGGAAGCCCAGAAACCUACGGGGACUUCGACUACCAGUCCAGGAAGUAUUAUUUCCUGAGUGAGGAGGCAGACGAGAAGGAGGACCUGAGCCAGCGCUGCCAAGACCUGGAGCAUCAGUUGUCAGUGGCACUGGAGGAGAAGUCGUCCCUUCAGGCGGAGACACGCUCUCUGAAGGAGAAGCUGAGCCGCUGCGACUCUCUGGACGCCUCCACCACUGCCAUCACUGGCAAGAAACUGCUGCUGCUGCAGAGUCAGAUGGAGCAGCUUCAAGAGGAGAACUACAGACUGGAGAACAGCAGAGACGACAUGCGUGUGCGGGGAGAGAUACUGGAGCGCGAGGUGACCGACCUGCAGCAGCGUAACGAAGAGCUGACCAGUCUGGCGCAGGAGGCCCAGGCCCUCAAAGACGAGAUGGACAUUCUCAGGCAUUCGUCUGACCGGGUGAACCAGCUCGAGGCGAUGGUGGAGACGUACAAGAGGAAACUGGAGGAUCUUGGCGACCUGCGCAGACAGGUGCGCCUCCUGGAGGAGCGCAACACCGUGUACAUGCAGCGCACCUGCGAGCUGGAGGAGGAGCUGCGCAGGGCCAACGCUGUCCGCAACCAGCUGGACACCUACAAGAGACAGGCUCAUGAGCUCCACACCAAGCACUCGGCAGAGGCCAUGAAAGCCGAGAAGUGGCAGUUUGAGUACAAGAACCUUCACGACAAAUACGACGCGCUGCUGAAAGAGAAAGAACGUCUGAUCUCAGAAAGAGACACACUUCGGGAAACAAACGAUGAGCUCAGGUGCGCACAAGUCCAACAGAGGUGUCUGAGUGGAGCAGGAGGUCUGUGCGACAGUGGUGUCACAGUGGGAAACCUUGCUGCAGAGAUCAUGCCUACUGAGCUCAAGGAGACGGUGGUGCGUCUGCAGAGUGAAAACAAGAUGUUGUGUGUCCAAGAGGAGACCUACAGGCAGAAACUAGUGGAGGUACAGGCCGAGCUGGAGGAGGCUCAGCGCAGCAAGAACACCCUGGAAACUCAGAACAGGUUGAACCAGCAGCAGAUCUCAGAGCUGCGUUCUCAGAUCGAGGAGCUCCAGAGAGCGCUCCAGGAGCAGGACAGCAAGACGGAGGAUUCUUCCUUAUUGAAGAAAAAGCUUGAGGAGCAUUUGGAGAAGCUCCAUGAAGCUCACACAGAUCUUCAAAAGAAAAGAGAGGUCAUCGAUGACCUGGAGCCUAAAGUGGACAGCAACAUGGCGAAGAAGAUCGAUGAACUUCAGGAGAUCCUGCGGAAGAAGGACGAGGACAUGAAGCAGAUGGAGGAGCGAUACAAACGCUACGUGGAGAAGGCGAGAACGGUGAUCAAAACCCUGGAUCCCAAGCAGCUGCCAGUGGCCGCGACUCCUGACGUUCAGGCUCUGAAGAACCAGCUGGCAGAGAAGGAGAGAAAAAUCCACCACCUCGAACACGACUAUGAGAAGAGCAGAGCCAGACACGACCAAGAGGAGAAACUCAUCAUUUCUGCCUGGUACAACAUGGGGAUGGCGUUGCAUCAGAAAGUGUCCGGCGAGCGCCUGGGACCGUCCAACCAGGCCAUGUCCUUCCUGGCUCAGCAGAGGCAGUCCACCAACGCCAGGAGGGGCCUGACACGACACCACCCGAGAUAAGGGGGUGAAAAAAAACAAACGUCCAGGCAGGAGAAGAAAAACAUGCAGAAACGAAGCAUAGAGAAGAUGAAGUGAUUUGCUGGAAACUUCAUGUGAACUCCCUGUAACUGCCUUUAUGCCUUCACUGGAUUGCUGCACCUCAGAGUAUUUUUAAUGCUGCUGCUGCCCCCUGCUGGCUCCUAGUGGUCAGAGAAAUUUUUUUUAUUUGCUCUGUGGAUCCCCAGAGGAGAGAGAUACUACUGUGUUUAACUCUGCUGUUGAUUAAAUCCAGAGUUGAGCCAUAGAAACAAAUGGAAACUACUGGAGUAGAAGGAGUUGCAGGGUCUGAAAAGAGGCUGUCUCACCUUUUAAGGUGACAUUUAUUUCCUCUUUAUCCUCUUGUACUCACUCUUGUUUCUUAAAUUCUCUUAAAUUUCUUUUACAUAUAUUUUAUGUUAUACAAUAGGUUGGAAUAUGAACUAGUUUUGUCAAGGUAACAGUUUAAAUGUGGCAGGCAAGGGAGGAGUUAUUAGGGGUAAUGCAUUUACUAUUGUUAAUGCUAAAGAGGACAAAGCUACACAAGUUACAGACUGAAAUCACACUCAGCCGUUAGUACAUCUCAUUGGUUUUGUUUGUUUGUUUUUGAAUUUUCUCAUAGUUUUUUUUGGUUUUCUAGAUCAUGUGUUUUCAGUAGAUGUUUUUGUUUUAAUCUGAAGGACAUUGAAAAGACCAUGAGGGUUGCUUAAUGGCUUUAAUCUUUUUUUCACUUGAACCUUUUGUUUUUUCUCUAAACUUGAUAUUCAUAAAAAAAUAACUUACUAGAGUUUUCACAAGAUACACCAAAGCACUUUCUCUCUAGAUGGAGCGGUGGGUUUGUUCAGUGCCUCGCUCAAAACCAUGGAUGACACUGACGUUUGAGAUAUUUGCAUUGUCGACCCCGUCUUCCUGUCUCAUUUGGCAGAAAUAUAUUUUACGUAAAGAAUACUGCAGGUUUAUUUUCUUAUGCCUGGUGAUAAUGUGACUUCCACAUAUGAUAUUCUCAACAAUGUUCUCAUUUGUUGCGUAUGAUUUUGAUUUAUUGCUCUUUUUUUUUCCUCAUUCCCUUUCCCUCUUCCCAAAGAUUGAAACAGGGUGUUAGUUGUGGGUACGACCUAAUUGCACACACCACUUUAGACUGAUGUGAACAUGGGCAACUAGAAGGCCUCUUAGUUUAUCACAAGGACUGGAAAACACAAUUUGAGUCGGUAAUUACAACAACACUAAAAACAAUGACUCAGCUAAUGGUUGUUUACCACCAACCUCAUUUACAGUUCAUCUGAACUGGAAGGAAAUGCAUUCAACAGUACACUGGAAUUCUUUUGUUGUCUGUUGACAGGAAGUCAGAGGCCGAUACAAAAGGUGGAGUCUGCACUAGAUGGCUCAUUUAUCCACACUGCAUCUGCCUUUAUUCACUACAGGUUAAUUUCCCUUUUCAGCAGAUGUAGUAACUUUAGACUGUCCCACAUCAGAGCUGCUGUUUCAUGACUUGUACUUGUUCCCUGUAAAUGUUCGUGCUAUGAUCUACACAGACCAGGAUCCUGCUGUUGUGUGCACAUGUUUUCUACUGAUGUUUCAUUAUUUUAAGUUGAUAUUUAUGGUGUUAAGUCAUUAUCUUUGAUGCACAUUUGCAUGGCUUGAAGGGUUUAAUGUUGAGGUUGUCUGUGUUUGUUUGUAUCAUUAUAAUGGUCGAGUAGAUUAUAGCAUACGGUACUUCACAUGGGGAUAGAGGCACAUUGAAGAUUUGUAGUCCUGUCUGUUCUACUUUUGCACUACAAAUAAAUGGGAUCUUAAGAA